CACCUAGACACGAUAGUAUGUUCUGCCUGGUUUUGAUUUUUCGGAGGUAAAUUGUUCAGCGUCUGCACCAGCAUUUCCUUGAGCGCGCACAGAGUUCCAGGGAGAGGACCCCGCGUCCUGUAUGUGGGGAAACCAGCCAGCCUUUUUCAGUGCUGGUGUCGGGGGCACCGUUCUGCCGCCCGCCGUCAGCAGAUACCUCAUCGGGAAUCACGAGUUGGAGGCCGGGUUGGAACAGAACGCAGCGGGCGUCUGGACCGAGAACGGCGAUGCGAAGGUGCCGCCGGCCCGCUUGCAGCGCGCCAUCGACCUGGUCCAGCGGACUUUUGGGUUCGUCGUGGCAACUGCGACGGCCAAAAGCAGAGGCGCGGCUGCAGGAGCCACGGCCGCGGCGGAGGUGGGAGGCAGGGAGGAUGCCGUGUCGAACCACUCGAAGCUUUCCCCAUCGGAUCAGGACAGCACCGCGAUUCCACCCAGCAGUGAUCAGAAGACGAGCAGUGCGUCCAACACGUCCGCUUCGGACAGCGAAAACAGAGCCGGCAAUGCAUCGAGCAGUAGUGCCAGUUGUGCGCCAACCGCAGCGCACAGCGAGGACCAGAAGAGCAGCAAGACGCAGCCAGGAUCUUCAGUGCUGGGAGCUGUGCCAACAACACGGGGAUCUACAUCAAGUGCGAGGAACGAAAGUACAACCACAAAGGGCGUGGAGCGGAGCGUCGCGACCAAGGAGAGCGUCAUCUCGAGCGAGUCGAUCUCCUCAUCGGACCAAGGAAGUUUCGUGUUCACCGCGGUCGAGGGCGCAAAUAGCAGUGCGAAGACCUCCGAUCCCCCGAUACUAGAUCGCAUACCGAUCUGCAUUCCGGAUUGGUACAACGACGGGGGCACAAAAGCUACGCUGCGGCGGCGCGACAUUUUGUCGCUGGGAGAUUUUUUGGCGUUGGUCCUGAGCAAUCGGUUUUCCGGGGCGAUGGAUGUGCUGGAGGAUUUUCUCGGCAAGCAAACCUUCGUCGAGAGCGACGAACUGUACCAGAUCUGGCUGGACCUGAAUACCAGUCGAGAGGAGUUUUUUGCAGCCGCCCAGGCGCAGUCGGUCCCGGCGCCGCACGCCGCUGCGGGCGGGGAUUCGUCGGGGCCCUCCUCGCGAGAGGUCAGCAGUCUGCCCCGCUCCAUGACGGACGAGAGCACACCGGACAUCCCACGCACAAACAGUCGCGAAACGGGGGAGCAGUCCGCGACCUCGGUGCUGGUCUCGUCUGGCACAAAAGUUGUAGAGACCCCGCAGCGAAACAAUGUUGUAACAUUGAAUGCUAGCGCUAGCACCACCAGCGGCAGUAGGAGUAAAGCGUUGCUCGACUCUGCGACAAUCGUGCGCAGAAGUCACAGCCGGCCAGUUCAGCGUGUAGGCCGCGGGGUGAAUGCGUCCUCUGCGUCACCCUCGAAAAGUCGCCGGAGUGCUUCCAUAGGCAUUCACCCUGGAGCCGCCGACGGAGCUGCAGAUAAUUGCGGAUACAAUGCCGCGGGGGCUGCUCCCGACGAGGGUGGCUCUGGUACUGGCGCAAAUGCGAUGCACGGGGGCAGCAGCAGCUCUUCUACGACGAUUGGAAGCGGUAGCGUAGUCAACACGGCGUCGAGCGGCACACGCAUGCCGCGGACUGCGAGCAGUACGGCCAGUGGGCCUGUGCGGGCGCGUCGGCUUUUGCAGCCGGUUGAGCAGCAAGACGGGGCAACGGAUCCGUCAGGUGCACCUCUGGAAAUCGCCGCGACGGCGCGUGGUCGCAACGCUGAAAUCAAAAUGAAACUCCCCGGCUUUUUCAGUUUGGUGCACGACCCAGAGCCUGUGUUCACGAUGGUUGCGACAGAAACUGACAUGCAGGGAGGACAAAGCGCUUCAUUAGUGACUGAAAGCCACGGCAUCGGAAGUGCAGGGGCUUCUGCCGUUGCACUCACCGAGGAAGCAACGACAAGCCCCAUCGCAGCAACGCUCGGUGGAACGGAGGAGCCAGUAAGCGGAAACGACGACAGGAGUGCGACGACGAUGCUGCUUGCCGGUGCUGGGACGCCACGGCAACUCCAACAACCUGGCACAGCAAUUGGCUCUACGGCGGCCGCGUCAUCUGCUCCGCAAGGGAACGGCAGUGCGUCAAGCACCGUGGCCGCAGCAAAGUCCUCAGUGGCUUCUAAGCUCCACGGUGCGCCGCAGCCACCAGGCACUUCCUACGGCACCAGUAAGCCAAACCUGCUGAUGCGCGGAAGUUUGAGCACGCCACUGCUGGCGCCCCUGCACAACAAGCAGGCGGCGGGCUCCGGGUCGGGUGGAAAGUGGCCGCCGCCCCCGACCGGAAAAUUCGUUGCGAUGCGGCUACAAACCGGAAACUGGAGUUCUGUGUGCCGGAGCCUCCUGCAGCUGUUUCUGGAGCACCCCGGCUUCGCAAACCAGGUGUGCCACGAGCGCUCCGUCGUGCGUGUUUUCCGCGAGGUCGGCGGGUCGAUGGUGGUCAAGGAGUGCCCCAUCAAGAUUCCGCAGUUGGUGCCACUGACCCGGAGUUUGGACCAGGAAACCGAAGACCGGGUCGAGGGGACGUUCACCUGGAAGGAAAACCAGCUCUCGUACAUGUUUGCGGUGAAGAAAUUCUACGCGACUGCGCACGAGAUCUACGUCAGCCACGGGAGCGAUCAGCAAGCCAUGGCGCUGCGCCUCUUCCGUUACCUCCGUGCGAACGCACUGCCGGCCGCUCCGAGCGUGCCUGCGAUCGGAAGUGACACCACCACUGCUCCUCCUGAGGGCGCGUCCGCCACGGCAGGAGCGUUGGCAAGCACGACAGGAGGAAACGCCAAUCCGGAGAACGCGACAGUAGCGGCUGUUUCGCAACCUGUAACUACACCGGUGCCAAGCUACGAAGAUCCGCUUAACAAGAAGUAUUUCGUGGGGCAAGGAAACAAUCCGGGGUUGAUUGAGCAGAUUCUGCAGGACCGGGGCUUCACUCCGGCCACCAGCAGUAAGAAGCCCUGCUUUCCCACCUUCCAGUGGGCACAAGACCACGGGCGACUGGACUUCUCGUUGCUUAGUAUGACCCCGCGUUUGCUUGCGUCGAAGGGAAAGGGCCGACCCUACCUCGCGAACCACUGCAAGGGGAUUCGCAUCACAGAAAAAGUUGGAAUGCUGGCGUCGUUGGAGCAGGAAUUCGGGUGGAAGAACCUGCCUCCCUGGUACCCCAAAACCUUCCACGUACUCAGUCUGGCAUCCAGCAAGAACGUCGAGCAGCUUGACCUGCCUGCCGACGCAAGAUGGGUCUACAAACCAAGGUGCAGGCUCCUGUCGCGUUUUCCUUUUUCUGCCCGGCUUCUACUUUACUACAAUCUGUAUGUUGUACUUCUUCUUUUAUGCAUCUCUUGCGUCAGGCCUCAGGAGAAAGUUCGAACUCCUGCUGAAUUAUUAUCUGUCCUUUUGCAGGGCCUCGAAUUGCGGACGCGGAAUCAUGCUUUUUAGCAGCACCAAAGCGUUGCGGGACUACAUUGCUACGGAGAAGAAAACGGACGGUAUUGUGCAGCUGUACAUCGAGCGCCCGCUGCUGGUGCAGGGACGGAAAUUCGACAUACGCAUGUACUUCCUCGUAGCGCGCACGCAGCCGUUUCUCAGUUUCUACUGCCCACACGGGUACUGCCGACUGUGCGUCAACCCGUACGAAUCCGCGAAUUUCGACGACCUGACUAUGCACCUGACAAACCAGGCCAUUCAGAAAACCCUGCGAGAGUCCUACCAAGAAACAAAAGAGGACACCACGUGGACCUUUGCCCAGCUCGAGGAACACCUGGUAAUAUACGUUUUCUACUUGAUCAUGAUCAUGACCUUGAACUUUCUAUACCCAUUUUAACGCGUCCUGAAUCCACAUCCACAGCCAUUCUUCGGAAAGAAAAAAUCCUCCACAUCAAAACCAUGCGAAAGAUAAAGAAAGCUCCUGCAAAACUUCUAGGUCGAGACGGCGCGCGUGAAUCCUGGCUGGGUGGCGGAGGAGUUUCUGCCCAAGGUGAAGUUGAUUCUGGUUGCGCUGAGCCGCAUCGUCCGCGCACAGGUCAUGCCCCUGGUGGGGUGCUUUGACCUUUUCGGGUGCGAUUUUUUCUUGGACGACGCGCUGAAUGUGUAUCUGUUCGAGGUGAACAGCAAUCCGGCCAUCUACACCGACACCGCGGUGCUCAAGAACCUCAUACCGGCGGUGAUUCGCGAGACGAUUGACAUCGUCGACCGGGCGCACGUGCCGAACAACCAAAAACCCUUUUCCGACCAACAGUGGUUUGAGACCUUAAUCGACGAGUCCAGGAAUUUCCAGUUUGGCCCGGAGCGGCUCAAGCCUCUGUCGCGGCCCCACCAGUACAACUGGCGGACGUAGCAUUACGUGGAUCAGGAGGACAUUGCAAGAAUGGUGGAAAAAGACCGGAUAUAUCGGAAGAUGCUUCUACUGUGCGUGCAACUAUAACUGCAUGUACUUACCCACUAAUGUGCCGUUGCAGACAACAAUGAUAACUCCUCCUUCUUUCAUCUCUUUUUAGUAGGUAAGUGGCUGAAUAAACUACAUAAUGACCGUGAUUCUCUUCAACAAUAGUGCAGUAGGAACUCGCCCGCUUUAUGCAAUUUUUCAUGUUAAAAAUUCCACUGAUGCCCAUCCUUUGUAUGAUAGAAAGUGGAACCUUUUUUUCAAUGAAUCAAACUCUGUACACUUGCAUUAACUAGCUCUUCCCA